GUCAUACCAUUUGAGAUGGCACUCCCAACAAAUAUACAAACAUCUUUGUCGUGGCACCUACCUUACGAAACAAUAAACCUCUUAUCGCCUUCUUCCUUCCUCCGAUCACCGAUCACCGAACAAACAACAUCUGCCCCAAACCAGACGCUUGAUUACCUGGAAGAGAGUUGUCUAUGGAGGGUGCACCAUCUUUUCUGACUUGGGAUGAAAUUGAGCUUUCAGAGAGUUAUCUGGUGUGUUGUAUGUUCCAAGAAGCAGCAACUUUGUCUUCCUCAAUUAUUGAGCAAUUAAUUGAGAAAAAUGGUAAAAUGAAUGAAGACAAUUGCGAAUUGGGUGAUAUGUUGGAAUCAGCUGCCAUGAUUUUGGUGCAGUCCUACACAGAGCUGGGGAGGACAUCAGAAAUACUGAAGCAGCUGAAAAUGCUAUUUGGUUCAGUCACUGCUAUUCCUGCCCAAGUUUUCCUUACUGGGGUGUGUCUCCAGAUACCAGAUGGCCCUUCUGCUGAAGUUCAAGAAAUUCUAGAGGAAUUCCUUACGAAGUGGAGAUAUGUUGAUGGAAAGUAUUAUACUGGUGCAAGCAUGGAAGAAUUUAGCAAUCAGAUUUCCCUUGGAGUUGAUAAGUACCUGGAAAUUGUUGAGCUCUAUGUGAUAACCUUUUUGGGGAGGAUUCUAGGAAAUUUGGAUCUUGCUAUCUCUUGGGUUGAGAAAUCCCCUCUACCUGAGGAGAAGAGGCAGGACCUUUUGAGGCAGUUGCACUCCAUGAAUACUUUAAAGCUGGUCAGCACUUCACAGUCCUCAGCUUUACCACUCCAAAUAGAUGAAUGCACAACUGAUUCCACUUCCCUGAUUGAAGAAAAAUCAUGCAAUGGAACAGCAAAUAUUUUGGAACACAGAGACCAGUCUAAGGGAGAGAACACCAAGAAACAAUCAAUUCUGGAGUUCCCUAGACGGAGAACUCCAUUGUGGUGGUUUCGUACAGUCACUUUGAAGUUUGGAAGUAGUCGCUUGGUCUUAUCAAAUGGAAGUAUCUCUCUUGGUUUUUUGGCGGCACUUGUUUACUAUAUCGUGCGGAGAAAACAAGCCUCUUUAUGGAGUGUUCUUAAGAGACAAGCUUCAUCUACGAAGAAAGCUUUGGUUGACUUCUGGCAACUUGCAUUCUCUUAUCAAGUGAAUCCUCUUGCUGCUGUUCAACCACUCCCGCCUGCUACACUUGGAAGCCGGUGAUGCUUAAUUUUGUUCGUCAUAGUUGCUCAAAACCAGAGGCGUUGUAGAUGAAUAAAAGAUCACUGAAGAUAUUGCUGCUAUCAUCUUAAGUUGGAGCGGAACAUCCAGAAAUACAAUAUAAAUCACUUACUUCAAGAUCACAUUCUUUGCCAAUAGAGUGCUUCUUUCAUAACUUUGUCUUGCCUAUAUUCUAUGGCAUUAAUUUAUUCUCUUAGCAAAGAGGAAGUCUCAGAUUUCUCAAUGUUAAAUUUCAUGCAGUGGUAGUGUGGUACCUUCAAUUUAUGUCGAGUUUUUAACUGUUGAACAUCACUCUGAAGUUCUUUUUCGUUCAUUGAAUGAAAAUUUAAGCUGAAGAUUUCGAAUGUGCA